AUGCCUGAAAGAGGUACGCUUGGAAGUGACGAAGCAUACACCAUUGCAUGGAUAGUCCAUCACCCGCACGAGCUUACCGCCGCCAAUGCCAUGCUAGAUGAAAGACACAACGAACCCCAAGGAUUCCAUGCUCGGAAACAUAUCAACGAUCAAGUCAGCUACUCCUGGGGCCGAAUUGGCCAUCACUGCAUCGUCAUCGCCUCACUUGCAGACCAUAAUAUCGAGCCCUCGAAAGUCGCGGUCAUUGUGCGCUCUCUACAAGCCUCCCUUUCGCAUAUCCGCAUCGGAUUUUUAGUAGGUACUGCUUCGGGUCUGCCAGGUGAGAAAGUCAGCCGCUCUGGCGAGGCAGUUGCGAAAAGGGAUGUCCGGCUCGGAGAUAUCGUCGUGGGAAGUCCAGGACCAGAUGCAGAUACGACUUUGCGCAGCAACGUUGUCCAGUUUGACUGCGGAGAUUCAGACAAUGACUCCAUUUCUCUCGACCAGCGCGUUGAUCUUCCGGGACCACCUUUAGCUCUCAAGUCUGCUUUGAUGACUCUCCAGUCAGAGCAUGAGCUCGAUGGCAGCAAAAUCUCAGAGAUCAUUGAGAUGACACUCCAGCGCUAUCCGAAUCUCAAAAAAAGCUACAGUAACCCUGGCAUUGAAAAGGAAUGGGAUGAACGGGAUAGUGAUAGUGAAAGCGACAGUGAAGAUGAGCCUUCAUGCACUCCCGACAGAUUAUUCAAAGCCUCAUACGAUCACGUCGGCGGCAGCAAUUGUAGCGACUGCGAUGCCGAUGGAGAGAUCAAGCGCAAAAAGAGAAAAGCAGCUGGUCCAAAGAUCCAUUUUGGUCCCACGGUAUCACUGAGUUGCUUGAUCAAGACGACGGGUUUCCGCGAGAGGCUCGUAGCCAGGUUAUUGGAAGAACAAGACCUCGAUGCUCUGUGUAUGGAAACCGAAGCAUAUGGGCUAUCCAAAGCCUUCCCAUGCCUCCUAAUUAGGGGUAUCUGCGACUAUGGCGAUGCGCAUAGAUACGACUCCUGGCGAAAAUAUGCUGCUUUGUCGGCCGCCGCUUUUACGAAAGAGCUGCUUGGCUUUGUUAGUGUUGUGGAUGUGGAGAGAAUGCCUGGUAUUGGGGAGCUACCAAGGUACUAA